AUGUUGAAUGAUGUAUUUAUGUCGCUGGCCAUGGUCACUGAAAAAGCUGAAAAAGAUAUCAUUUCGCGGCCACCUGUUAUUCGAAAUAAAGAUCAUUUAUUGAAUUUAAAAUUGUUACUACAUGCUUACGGUAUCAUUGGCAACAUUGAAUGUUUCACCGCCUUUUUCUGCUUCUUCUACUAUCUCAUGGAUCAGCGCCUUCCGUUUUAUUCAAUUGUAUUUCAAUUUCAAAAUUUUUAUAAGAAAAAUUCUCAAUUUACUCAAGAUCAAUUAAAUGUCAUGGUUUUUACGGGCCAGAGUGUCUAUUACUGUUCAAUGUGUUUAAUGCAAUUUUUCAAUUUUUUUACUACACGUACUCGACACACAUCCUUUUUCAAACAUAAUCCAUUUUAUGGUAAAGGGCAAAAUUUGUAUGUAUUUAUCAGUAUGGCUGCAUCGGCCGGUACACAGUUAAUCGUCACACAAGUUCACUGGUUCAACAGAGUAUUUUCCACUGGACCUGUACCCGUCAAAUAUGUCAUGCCGACAUUAGGCUUUGGUCUAGCAUGGUUUAUUACUGAUGAACUUAGGAAAUUAUACAUUCGGAAAUUUCCACGAUCAUUUCUAGCUAGAAUAGCAUGGUAA